GGCCGGGGCCGCGCUCAGGGAAGAAAGGGCUGAGGCGCGGGGCGGGAGCUGCUCCCCGCUCCUGCCGACACCAGCGCUCGCCUUCCCCGCCGUGACACCCUUCCCCCUUCCCCGCCCUCCCCCGGCUUCCCCUCCUGCCUCGCGCUCGCAUCCCGUUUGGGCUCGGGGAGGGCGAUCUUCGUUUUAUCCCGUUUUUAAUCCUUUGAUUUGUUGUUUCCCCCGCGGAGGGGAGGCGGGGGGAAGACAAUAGCGAUCCGCCAAGCACACGCGCGCACACAAAGAGCGUUUGUUACAUUAACCCGUCGGGGGAGUGAUUUCCCAAGAUGUCUUAUCAGGGGAAGAAAAAUAUCCCGCGGAUCACGAGUGAUCGUCUUUUGAUCAAAGGUGGCAAAAUAGUUAAUGACGACCAGUCUUUUUAUGCAGACAUUUACAUGGAAGAUGGGUUGAUAAAGCAAAUAGGAGAGAACCUGAUUGUGCCAGGGGGAGUGAAAACUAUCGAAGCCCACGGCAGGAUGGUCAUUCCUGGGGGGAUCGACGUGCACACCCGCUUCCAGAUGCCCGAGCAGGGGAUGACGUCUGCUGAUGACUUCUUCCAAGGGACCAAGGCUGCACUGGCUGGAGGCACCACCAUGAUCAUUGACCAUGUGGUUCCUGAGCCAGGGACCAGUUUGCUGACAGCGUUUGACCAGUGGAGAGAAUGGGCAGACAGCAAAUCCUGCUGUGACUACUCUCUGCACGUGGAUAUCACCGAGUGGCAUAAAGGUGUCCAGGAGGAGAUGGAAGCUCUGGUUAAAGACCAUGGUGUGAACUCCUUCCUGGUUUACAUGGCUUUCAAAGAUCGUUUUCAGCUCACUGAUUCUCAGAUCUAUGAGGUGCUGAGUGUAAUCCGGGACAUCGGUGCCACAGCUCAAGUGCACGCUGAGAACGGUGACAUCAUUGCUGAGGAGCAGCAGAGGAUCCUGGAACUGGGGAUCACAGGCCCUGAAGGGCACGUGUUGAGCAGACCUGAAGAGGUGGAGGCAGAGGCUGUGAACCGGGCAAUCACCAUCGCCAACCAAACCAACUGUCCCCUUUAUAUCACCAAGGUGAUGAGCAAAAGCGCUGCCGAUGUCAUUGCUCAAGCCAGGAAAAAGGGCACUGUGGUGUAUGGAGAGCCCAUCACAGCCAGCUUGGGUACCGAUGGGUCUCAUUACUGGAGCAAGAACUGGGCUAAAGCAGCAGCUUUUGUUACAUCCCCACCACUGAGUCCUGACCCAACCACUCCUGAUUUUCUCAACUCACUACUGUCCUGUGGAGACCUCCAAGUUACUGGCAGUGCCCACUGCACCUUCAACACUGCUCAGAAAGCUGUUGGGAAGGACAACUUUACCUUGAUCCCUGAAGGAACCAACGGGACUGAAGAGAGGAUGUCCAUCAUCUGGGAUAAGGCUGUGGUGACUGGUAAGAUGGAUGAGAACCAGUUUGUGGCUGUGACCAGCACAAAUGCAGCUAAAAUCUUCAACCUGUACCCACGGAAGGGCCGUAUUGCAGUGGGCUCAGAUGCUGAUCUGGUUAUCUGGGAUCCUGACAGUGUCAAGACAAUCUCUGCCAAGACUCAUAACAUAUCUCUGGAGUACAAUAUCUUUGAAGGCAUGGAGUGCCGUGGGUCUCCCUUGGUGGUGAUCAGCCAGGGGAAGAUCGUACUGGAGGAUGGGAAUCUCCACGUGACCGAGGGAUCCGGGCGGUACAUCCCCAGGAAACCCUUCCCUGACUUCGUUUACAAGCGCAUCAAAGCAAGGAGCAGGCUGGCUGAGCUGCGGGGUGUGCCUCGAGGGCUCUACGACGGCCCCGUCUGCGAAGUGUCGGUGACACCCAAGACCGUCACGCCAGCGUCCUCAGCCAAGACAUCUCCUGCCAAACAGCAGGCCCCACCUGUGAGGAACCUGCACCAGUCUGGAUUCAGCUUGUCUGGGGCACAGAUCGAUGACAACAUCCCGCGUCGCACGACCCAGCGCAUCGUGGCACCGCCCGGGGGCCGCGCCAACAUCACCAGCUUGGGCUAAGGACCGACCCCCUUCCGUGCCUGCCUGGCACACCCGGGCACAGGGCACCUGGAGACCCUUUUUUGAUUCUUUUAGAGCCUGUGACAGUUACUGCGGGCAACCAGUGAGUGGGGGGCUGAAGUAAGUCCCCUCAGGUUCCCUCCUCAUCUUCACCAAACCCCUCUCACUUCCCCUCCCUCACAUUUAAAGGAAUAAACCCUGUUUUUGACACCUCUGACAUGCAAAAGUAAAUGUAAAGAGGAUGUUUGAGGUAUGUGGCCUCUUGUCCCAUUCAGCAUCUUUCUUUUAAUAAAGGAAGGAUCAAGUGAAUCUCCCGGGAGCUGCCUUUAAGACACACACAAAAUAAGGAAUGAAGACAUUGUAAAUGCUUUCUUGGUUUUUGUUUGGUUGAUUGUUUUUGAUGUCAAGCAGAAGAGUAGUUCAAGGGUUUGCAACUGGAUACCCUGUAGGGUUCUGUGUUCCAGCAGAAUAGGUAGGCAAGCACGGAGGGACACGAAUCCCAGCCUGUCUGUAACCAUUCCCCACCACCACCUUUGAGGUCACUCAGUGGUUGUCUGCUGUCAAGAGAGAGAAACAGAACCCAGCAGUAGGGAUUGACAGAGCACAUCACACCCAGCUGUGGGGUGAGUUAGAGUCCUUGGGGACUUGGGUUCUGUUGGUUUGUUUUCUCUUUUGGGUUUCAUUGUUUGUUUCCUUCUGGAUUUUGCUGCAAAUUAGGUCCUUGAGGAGCCUUGGUUGGGUUGUUUUUAGAUGUGUGUGUGUGUGUUUAAUAUGUUUUAUCAUUGUGUUUAUGAAGCCUUAUCUGAGAACUCGGGGUCACCCUCUACUUCCUGAUCCUUCCUGAACCUCAUUCAAGUUACAGACUCCUGCUGGUGUCACUGCCAAGGCCACCCUGGUACUCCAGGUCUUCCUUGGUUCCAUCAUUCCAGCCAGCUGCUUGCCACUCAGCUGCAAGAGGAGGUCGAGGAGCAGCUUCAUGAGCUGUUAUGUAGAGGUCUUGAACUGGUGCAAAGAAAGGGGCUGGAGACCAGCUGAGGAGCUGGGACUGAGGCUCUUGAGAAGUUUUUAGCAGUUAGUUUGUCUUCUAUUGCUAGAGGUGGAAACUGAUAAGCAGAGGGGCAUAGGCAAAGCUUUCUGCAGCAGCCACAUCUCCCCCUUCCUGGCCAGUGAUGAGUGGUUAUUUAAAACUUGAUGAGAGUUUAUCUUUAGGGUGGUCAGUUGAGUGUGUGUGAGAGCAUGUGUGGCAAUUCCAACUCCAGAUGCCCAGCUGUUGGAACUAGGAGCCUCAGAGCAGCUCAGCAGGUCAACAGCAGCUGAGAAUCUCUCAUACAUGGUGCAAAUUUUACACUCAUCCAUUCAUUCCUUCAGGAAUCUGCCUUUGUGCAAAUAUUGCUGAGGAGGCCUGGUGUCCCCCCCUCCUCCUCAGACACCUGCUGCCUCAGAUGGGAGAAACCUGAGGCCACGAGUGGCCCUUCAGUGAAAUUAGGAGCCCCAACUCCUGUGGCAGUCAGCAGGAUCUGGGCAUUUAUCUUCUGGGAUUGAAGGUCCUUCAGGCCUGAUGAUGGAGGCUCGUUGUUUUCGAGUCAUGGAGAAUAAAUGUGCACCCUUAGAAGGUCACUCAGUGGUCCCAAGGACCUGGCCUGUCCCUCAGCACAGAGAGCUCUUCUCCCUGCAGUUAACACAGCAUUACCUCCACUCUCUGUGUGCCCUGGCACUUGGCUACAUCUUCUGCUUUCUCUUCUAUUUAUGCAUUGCCACGUCCACUGACCUUGUGUUGCUGUGAGUAUCCCCUUCAGUGGUGGUUACAGGUUCUUGUAGGGGGGAAUUAACUACAGAGAUAAGCAGGCUUUGAAGAAACAAGUCCCACAUUUGUUGGUAUGAAAUAUCAAUGCUGGGAUUUACAAAGGAUCUGGAUGCUGCUUAGGUACCCAAAGCCUCCCAGCUUCAGCACCUAAUUCCUUCAGGCCCCUCUGAACACAAGAGUGAAGAAAAACCCACCCGUUAGGUCAGGACUCCCGAGUCUUUUCCUUUCCCAUCAAAGCACUUUGUGAAGUGGUUGAGUUCCAUCACUUUAAGUAAUCCCUGACCUUCAGAUGUACUGCAGCUAUUCUCAUGGGGUUUGUUUCUUUUUCUUGUUCACCUGGAUGUUAAAAACCAACGUGAAGGAGUUGGGGAGAGGAAAAACAAGGCAUGGUGUCAGUGCUACGGGCUCUUCAGUAUUCACUUCGGUCUUCCUUUGGGUUUAUUGUUUCUUUUCCUUCACUUAACUCCUGAGGACUUUUCAGUCUUAAUUUGUGCUUCAAAAGGCAGAGAUAAAAAGGAGAAACCCCCUCCCUCCCCCCCCCCACCCCCUUAAAAAAGAGCAGAUUUUGCAGGCUGUGUAAGCAUGUUUUUCCCUGUGAGAGCUCUGUGUCCGCUUUGUGUCUGUUUAAUGAAUGUCAUAUGUAAAUGCUUAAAAGGAGAAACACAAACGAGCUGAUGGCUUAAUUAAUGAGCAAACCGCAGUGACUUGAAGCUCUAAAAAUAAAGAAAGGUAAAAAAAAACCCAAGUAGGAUUUAAUACUAGCUGGAUUUAACCCUUGGAUUUGUGAUUGUGAACCAUGAGUGGAGGAGCUGUAAGUGCUAAAGCUGUGUGUAGACAAAAAGAAGUCCUGAUAUUUGACCAUUGUCUCAAUGGCAAAAGAAAAACCCCUCCCACCCCCAAGUCUUGUGUUUUAUUCCCUGAGAACUCUGUGUUAUAUUACCAUGGGAACUCCUAAUAAAGACAAAAUGUUGUUGUUUCA